AUGGCAAAUAAUUGCCCCCUGCAGCACCCCCACCACAGGCACGGGCUGCCCUGCCAGCCCCCGGUGCUGGACACAGACCGGACCCAGCAUCCCUACCCCCAGGGACACAAAGGGCUGGAGCAGGGGCUGUCCCAGCAGGACCAAUUUUGGGGGCCGGAAACUGAAAUCUGUGAAAGAAACUUGAGAUCAGCCUGCAGCGCCGGCGCCCGCCGCAGCCUCAAGACCAACCUGUGCAAGUGGUGCGACUCCACAGCUCCAGCCUGCGAGGACAAGGUGUGUUACAGCAACUGCAACCUCAACUCCUACUGCGAGGACCCCUACGAGAUCUGCGUGGCAAUAUGGAGGCAGGACAACGAGAGCAUCAGGAUCAGCACGCUCUGCCACAACCCCCAGCGCCCCAUCGAAAACUUCAUGGUCCCCAACUACAACACCUCACGCUGCAUCAUGAGCCACCAGCCCAGCGAGGAUGGGAUCAUCUACGUCUGUGGCUGUGUGGAUGAGCAGGAGUGCAACGACAAACUCAUCUUUGAGAACCACACCAAUGGCUACUCCAUGCUGCAGAGCAAAGAGGUGAUCCCAGUGGCUGCCAUCAGCCUCCUGCCCCCGCUGCUGGUGGCGGUGAUGAUCACGGUGAUAUUUUACCUCUGCCGCACACAGAAGCGACGCAAGAGAGCCAAGGCGUGGGGUGGGAAACAGGGACAGCCCCCGGCGCUGCCGGAGCCAGGGAAGGCAAGCGAGCGGGAGGAGAAGUUGUCCGUGCUGAUGGAUGAGAGCCCGGCCAGCAGCCGCCCCGCGGAGCUGCUGCCCAUCGAGCUGGACGAGAUGGUGGGCAAGGGGCAGUUCGCCGAGGUGUGGAGGGCCAAGCUCAGCCACAGCCGCUCGGGGCAGUACGAGACGGUGGCCGUGAAGAUCUUCCCCUGCGAGGAAUAUUCCUCCUGGAAGAACGAGAGCCAGAUCUUCACUGACACCAGCCUCAGGCACGACAGCGUCCUGCAGUUCCUCACUGCCGAGGACCGGGGCACGGGGCCCCGCCGGGAGUACUGGCUCAUCACCGCCUACCACAGCCGGGGCAACCUCAAGGACUACCUCUCCUGCCACGUGCUGAGCUGGAUGGAGCUGCAGAAGAUGGCUGGCUCCCUGGUGAGCGGGGUGGCCCACCUUCACAGCGACUACACCGCCUGCGGCCACCCCAAAAUCCCCAUCGCCCACCGCGACAUCAAGAGCACAAACGUCCUGGUGAAGAACGAGCAGGAGUGCGUGCUCUGCGACUUCGGCAUCGCCAUACGCCUCGACCCCUCCCUCACAGUGGAUGACUUUGCCAACAGCGGGCAGGUGGGCACUGCCAGGUACAUGGCCCCAGAGGUCCUGGAGUCCAGAGUGAACCUGGAAGACCUGGAGUCUUUCAAGCAGAUGGAUGUCUACUCCAUGGCCCUGGUUUUGUGGGAAAUGGCCUCCAGAUGUGAAGUGGUAGGAGAGGUAAAGAAUUAUGAGCUGCCUUUUGGGUCGAAAGUCCAGGAGCAGCCUUGUGUGGACACCAUGAGGGACAUCGUGCUGCAUGGGAGAGGCCGGCCUGAGAUCCCAAGCAGCUGGCUGGUACACCAGGGAAUGCGCUUCCUGUGCGACACCAUCACCGAGUGCUGGGACCACGACCCCGAGGCUCGGCUCACCGCCCACUGCGUGGCUGAGCGCUUCAACCUGAUGGCACAGAUGGAUUGUGAUGACAUCCUCAACAACAACAUGGACAACGAGGCCAGCAAAACAGCUGCCCCAGCUGGGGAGCACCAGGACAGCGAUGGGAGCAGAAACAUUCAGUGA